AUGCAUAUUACCAUCAAACAAUACAUAACAUAUGUGGAAAAUAACUCGAAAUCUUUGUUUCCCUUUAAGAGCCUAAAUCUUUGUGUUUGUCAAAAGGAGGCUUGCAAAAAUCUGUCCACGUUUACUGUUGAAUAUUAUGUGGAUAUUGUAAAAGCAAUUCAAACGUCGUUAGUUCGUCAUAUAAAUUGGCUAAUAGCAGCCAUUGACUCUGUUCGGCACUCAAAAGAGUUCAACGCUCGUGGACUUGAGCUAGCUAGUCUCACGACUCUUUACACAAUGGCUUUUUUGUGCAUUCUUGCUUUUGGUUAUGACAUCACCCCGACCAGCAACUUGACGCUACUCUAG